AUGUACACCAACUGCUGCCCUGGAAACUUCUCCUCCUGCUCUCUUGGGAGCCCCCUGCGGUACCCAGGCUCCUCCUGCAUCUCCUCCUAUCCCAGCAAUCUGGUCUACAGCACUGACCUCUGCUCUCCCAGCAUCUGCCCGCUGGGCUCCUCUCUCUACAGGGGCUGUCAGGAGACCUGCUACAAGCCCAGCAGCUGCCAGACAUCCUGUGUGGUGUCCAACCCCUGCCAGACAUCCUGCUACUGCCCCAGGACCUCUAUCCUCUGCAGUCCCUGCCAGCCGACUGAUACAACACUGGACUGUGGCACAAGGAGCACCUGCUCCCUAGGUUAUGGAUCAAGAAGCUGCUUCUCACUGGGCUGUGGAACCAGUGGUUUCAGAUCACUGGAUUGUGGAAUCCGCAGUUUCCCUCUCCUGGGAUAUAGAUGCGGUUUUUACUGCCCACCUUACUUUGCUUCUAGGACCUGCUAG